AUGAGCUUUCUUCCGUGCACGGACUACUACUACGAGGAGAUCGCAUUGUCGUUCCUCAGGCUGACUGACCGACUCCUGGCAUCUGCUCAUGACACCCAUUGUGGCACUGUCCGCACGAAGCAGAGGUUGCGAGAGUACUACAGGUGGCCAGGCAUGGAUUCUCAGGUGGAAAAGAUGGUACGAUCAUGCUCUGUCUGCCAGGUUUGCGAUAAGUCCGCGAAGACCGCCCAGCAACCUCUUCAUCCAGUACCAUUCCCUAAAGCACCGUGGUGCUUCCGUGGUGCAUCCACCGUUACAGCGAGCACAGUAACUACGUUCUUGCAACAUCUCUUUAGCCGUGAAGGAUAUCCGGACGAAGUUGUCACAGACAACGGGCCACAAUUCCUCGCAGUCGAAUUUGAAGACUUCCUUCGCAGUUGCGGAAUACGUCAUACUCUGGUAUCGAUUUACUACCCACAAACCAACGGCCAAGUUGAGCGUUUUAACCGUGUGCUCAAGGACAUCGUGCAAAUCGCCGCUAAUGAAAACAAGCCGCUUAGGACCACCGUGCUGGAGUAUCUGACUGUGUGCAGGUCGACACCCCAUGCAACUACUUGA